AAUCUCAUAUCCAAAUACCCAUAAAUUGGUCUGAAAGUCUCAAGUCUCUGCCAGAAAAAGAGAGAAUUUUCCAACAAAAAAGGAUAUGGAUGGCAACAACCCAUUAGUCCAUAACCCAUAAUUCCUGUCUUCAGUAACGUGAGGCUCAAAUUUAGCUAGAGAUAACAUGGCCUCCAUUCCCAAGACUACCAUAGAGAAAACACUAUGAAGAAAAAAGUAGAGCAUGAAGAUGAUGGUGAUGAAAAGGAACAAGAAGUUCUCAAGGCAGUGGCACAGGCAUGGCACAGUCACUCUGGAAGCUGUAGACCUUUGAACGAAUUUGACGCCCACCGACGAAAAAUCAAGAACAAGCCUACAAGAUUCAAGAUUGAAGCAAUGAAUAAGCAAUCAUCUACUCCUGCUGUGAAACCAAAUUGGGAUUUUAAGCAGUCAUUGUGGGAUUCUUAUGAGAUUGUUGCAGUUUCCAAAAGACUGGAGACAGGGUUAGUGUUGGAUGAUAAUAAUUAUAACCCUUUUGAAGAAACGAGCAGGGUGCAUAGGAGGCAGAAGGAGAGUAAGAACAGCCUUAGGAAUUUGUUUAAUCUUGUGUCUUCUAGGAGAUUCAAAGAAAGUUGAUUCUCCUCCAUGAAGAAAAUGAUUAAUUUUGAUUUGUAUUGCAUUGUUCAUUGUAAUGAGAACUCCUGUGGGCUGUGGCUGUGUUUGAGAG